AUGUCCUUUGUGGUCUUGAAGAAGGAACGCUACCACUGGAGAGGUAAAAUGGCGGUGCCUGUGUUUGAUGGUCGUCUUACGGACGAGUUCGACGAACAAGAUGAAGUCUUCAUAAAAAAGAACGCAGUCUUGCACCUUGCCCUGUUCGUUCCUUGGGAAAAGUUUCAAGGCGAGCCAGCGGAUGAUAUACCUAGACUUUGGCGAAGGUUCCAGGAACAGCUAAGCGACCGAGUUCGCUCCUACGUCCAUAACAUCACUUUAUUGCGCGUUUCUGUAGAAGACGCUCGGGCCGACCGUAAGAUUCAAGGUCUAGACCAGGACUUUGAAGAGAUCGUGGAUGCGCAUGCCUUUGGCGAUCAAAGGGAGGAGGAGGAUGGCACCAGGGCAGAUGAAGAGAACACUGAUUCACAAGAGUAUUACAACGCCUUUCUGGGCGUCCUAACCGCAGCCCGGAGGAGCGAGAUUAAGGAUAUGCCC